AUGAACAUAAUUGCUAAGGUGCUAUCGCUGAGGCUCUAUUUGGCAUGUUUUCUCGUGGUGGUGGUACUCUUAAAUGUCACCGCCAUUACAUUCCACAAACCUUCCACCACACUUAUCGACUCCAAACAAGGCCUCGAACAGAAACUUGAUUACCUAUUUUCUGAUGAAUACCUGAAUGCCUUGAAGGAAGACUUGGAGUCGUCUCGAAAAGAAGAACUUUUGGACGAGAUCAAGGCAGAAUUGACAAAGGAAUACAAGGACAAGUUUGUCGAGAAACUCCACGUGGAAUUUUCUGCCAAAAGCAAGGACAGAUAUGAAAAAGAGUUCAAGCAGCAGUUGCAUGACGAAAUUAAUAGGCACUACACCAAGAAAUUCCAUGAGACAAGAGUCAAAAACUACAACUUAUUGGAAGAGUUGAGAAUGAAGUAUUUCAGGGAUAAUGAAGAGCUCCUCAAGAGUGAAGCUGCAUUGUCGCUGUUGAAUAAGGUGUUGAAGGAUCAGCCCAAAGAUAUUCAGACCGAUCUCAAGAAGAAAGUGGCCGAUGAACUCAAGUCGGAGAUGUCUUUGAAAUCGUGGCUUGGAUUUGUCUUGACUGACAUCAUCAAGGCUCACGCUCCCAAUAUGCCACGUUUGACAGAUAAAGAAAUGGGUGAUCCUAUUAGGGGCUGUCACCGUGUGGUCAAUACCGUCAAUUACGACCGUGACUUUCUCUCGCGAGUCAAGUUUGACUCGGAGAGAAUGGAUGACUUCAAGUCGCUGCACUCCAAGUUGGUGAAAUCUCUAAGACGCAUGGACGUACCUCCAGCUGACCUAUUCAACGGUGAGGGUAUUGUAAUCAGUGGUGGUGGAGAGUAUUUUGCUGGUGCAUUGGUGGCCAUUGUUCAGCUCCGUGAAGCUGGUUCCAAAUUACCUAUUGAGCUCAUUCUUGACACCCACGAACAGUACGAUAAGGCCGUGUGCAACGAUUUGGAGAAGAACUUCAAUGCCAGAUGUGUGGUGAUCAGAGACCUCAUCAGCAACGAAAUUUGGGACCAGCUCAAACUCUCCAGUUUCCAGUUGAAGAUUUUGGGGCUCUUAGUGUCAUCGUUCGAUCAUAUCAUCUCGCUUGACGCCGACAACAUGGCCCUUCUCAACCCAGACUUGCUCUUGACAUCCGAGCAAUACUUGAAAACAAAGUUCCUCUUGUGGCCAGAUCUUUGGCAGAGAACCAUCUCGCCAGCCUAUUAUGAAAUUGCUGGAAUCAUUCCUGGUGAAGUCACCAAGAGAAACCGCCUCGCAAAUGGUGACCUGUUCGCUGAUUAUGCUAAGGACCCAUGGGAUAAGGUGCAUUUCCACGAUUUAGACAACAUCCCCGACGCAACGUCGACCGAAACCGGCCAAAUGGUAUUUUCUAAGAGAGAGCACUUCCGUUCGUUCAUUUUGUCAUUAUACUAUAACGUUUAUGGUGAGAGCCACUACUGGCGGAUGUUUUACCAGGGCAGUCCGGGAUCUGGAGACAGGGACACAUUUGUUCCAGCAUUGCAUGUUUUCAAUGAGCCAUACCAUAUUGUUGAGCACGCCACAUGGUUGGCCGGUUUCAGAGAAGAAUCUGGCAGGUUUCAAGAAACUACCAUUGUACAAUACGAGCCAACUUCCACAUCCAAGUUUGCAGAUAGUUGGAGAUCGUGGUUACGCAGCAAAGGUAUGGACUCUAGACAGAUGUACGACCAGGACACGGGCCAGGCUCGAUCCCAACUCGAAGAAUUCAAGAAUGAAAUGGGGGAGAAACUUACCGUGACACCAAAAGUUCAGUUCUUACAUAUCCACCGCCCAAAGCUAAAUCCUGUUUUCAUGACGAAACCAGAGGGUUAUUUUGACUGUUUCAAACAGAGAAACCUUGACUUGCAUGGCCACUACGCAGAGCAUUUCGGAGAAACCGAUUGGGAGCUCCGUUUUAACCUCAUUGUUCAGUGGGUAGCAUGUAAGGGAAUCAACAGUGACAACUGGUGGAAAUCGGUGGAUCGUGACCAGAAAAAGGUUUGUGAGGAAGUCACCAAGUAUGUUGAAUUCCUUAAACUGGACACCAAAGACAAGAGUCCCCAAAAGUUCACUUCCAUUAAAAUUUAA